AUGUCAACGACCAACAACAACACAAGUUUCGAUCCGAACGAUCAAUUGUCACCGUUUCUCGAUCUUCACAAUGAAUCAUCGUUCAGUUCGUGCUCAUCAUCGCCGCCAGCAUCGUCAUCCUUGAAAACUGUACAAAAUCAGCAUGAAAAUGACUCCGGUUGUGGUAGUGAUGACGAUCCAGCAUUAGCUUUAAAAAUCAACAAAGGUCUUUCAAUGGGUUACGACUAUGAACUAAUCAAAAGUGUUAUCCAACAACAAAACGAUGGUGAUGAUAUGUCGAAAUUCAUCGAAACGAUCGUACGUACAGCUGAAGUCAACAGUAAUUCCAAUGGUUCAUCAUCGUCAUCGUCGCCACCACCCACUUUACCACCGAUGUCGUCAUCUUCAUUGUCAAAUAAAACAUCUUCUCCAGUUACAACGGACACAGAUUGUUCAGAUACACCUAUUCCGCACGAUGUUUAUAUUAUUGAUGGUGCUGAUCUUGCGUUUAGCUAUGGGAAUAAUACAUUUUCAUGGCGUGCGAUUGAAAUAUGUUUGAAAUAUUUACAUUCUCAUGGACAUAAGAAAGUGUUUGUUGUCUUGCCAUAUUCAUUGAAAAAUCAUCGACAUGAUCAAAGCUUUUCCGAAUCGAAAUCUUUACGUGAUCUCGAACGAAAAAAUCUUCUUGUUUAUACUAAUCGAAUGUCCAAGCAAACCCAUAAGUCUAGCUCAUAUACACAUAUUAGUGAAAUGUUGAAAUUCUCUCAGAAAACCAAAGGACAUUUGAUCACGAAUGUUUCGCUCAAAGAUGUUAUCCUGGAUUUUACGAUCUAUAAACAAAUUCUCGAAGAAAAAGUCAUUCGCUAUCGAUUUCAAAACGAUAAUUUCCAACCAUUAUUAGUAACAAUUGUUAAUGAUGAAGAUGGCAAUGAUUGUGAAACACACUAUCCACUCUGUCCAUAUGGGAAGAAAUGUACCUAUGGUUUGAAAUGUAAAUACUAUCACAUAGAACGGCGACAUCAAAAUCCUUUAUCGAUUACGGAAACUUUACAAAUGAAAGCCCGAUUAGAGAAAUCGAAAAUUCAACAUCAGCUAUCAACACCAUCGAUGAUGGUCAACAAUGGAUUCAAUCAUACAAAAUCCGGACCUGAUCAUUUACAUAUGUAUUCAUCUCAAAUGAUGGAACAAAGUUUAGUGGAUGAUGCUCGACUCGCUUAUGAAUAUGGUUUGACAUCGACACCUAUAUCAACGGAUUUCGCAUUUGUUGAUCAACGCAUUCCAUCAAAUCAACAGCCCAGACCGACACAUCAGAGUUGGUUCGGUGCGGCAACUCCGCAACAUCCAUUCAUGAAUCGAACGUUUUCCAUGCCUCAACAGCAACAAAUGAAUGAAAUGGCAGCAGCCAUGUUUAUGCAUCAACAACAGCAAAAUUGGGCUCGACAACAGAUGUUUCCUAUGCAACAGCCUCAACAGUUCGAACAGAAUGUUCUUCGAUUUCUUUCAAUGCUUUCGUUACAACAACAACAACAGCAACAAACGAACACGAAUUCCAUGACGACGCAUCCGCAAGUACAAGAUGGUUCAUAUGAUCAUUCAUCUGUAAAUAGUCAACAAGGUUUAGCUGACAAGAUUCAAGCUGUACGUCACCUCUGGGAAAGCGAAAACGUUCAGCAGCAACAACAGCCGCAACAACCACCAUCUACGUUCGAUCCGAAUACUUACAAUUCAAUGAUGUCCACCUUUCAACAUCCAGCGCAAAGUUUUUUUCACUACAAUUAA